CUGGUUUUUGAUAAAUAUUGGAAAUACGCUCGCGUCCUGGUUCGCCUCCUGCACGCACACACUAGCAGCGUUCCGCACACAACUCACACAGUUGCGCCUUUCGUCAUCUCUCUCGCUCUCAUUUUUUUUGUCGCAGCUGCAACGCAAAUUCCAAAAAGGAUAAUCCUUACCGAUCUCGCAAGUCCUUUCGUUUCUUUCAAAGCAGAUAUAUAGCCGCAAAGAUGAUGACCAAAGGAAACUCGAAGAUCUAGGAAGACCAAUUGCUUUUUGGGCCCAGUUUCAGGGACCUCGACACGGAUAGCAUGUUCAGUCCUAUCAAAAAGAUAUUUACGUACAUACAAAAAAAUGCGAGCGGCUCCAAUAUGUUUAGCCCAUCAUCUGGAAACACAACAGCCGGCCAAAGAGCGGCGGCUCCCAGCAUAAAUGCCCACGACGAAGGCGACAGAAAGAAGAAUCAGGAAGAUGAGCGGCAGAAUCAGGAGGAGGCGGCGGUGGAGGAGCAGAUGCAACCGCAGGAAAUCCCUCCCCAACUGGACGACGAAGAGGACGACAUCGAAAGGCUGAUCAAGACCUCCAUAAUUGAUGCAACCAAGGUGCAUGCGGCCAAGGCCAAGGCGAUGGCCUCCAUACCUUUGCCACUGGAACAACUGGACGACGAACUGGCGGAUUUCGCACAAGGUCCCGCAGACGCCGAACUGGAGGAGCAGUUCCUCGAGCUGGAGAAUUAUCCGAACAACGAGAUUAUCGUACUCAGCGAAGCGGAACUCAACUCGUCGAUAGCCUCCGAUGCCGUGUCCGAGGAUCCGCUGGCAAUUGACAACAUACUGGACUCCUCGUCGGUCACCACAAACGAGGAGAUGGACACCAGUGGCGAGCUGCUCUGGCUAAAGUUGAGCAACGAAACGGAAAUAGCUACCAGUUCGGGAGAGGUUGCAUCCACCAACCAGGAAUCAUUGGAGCCUGCCAAGCCAAUUAAAAGGAAGGAAGAUGAGCUAAGAGAUGGUGGCUCUGAUUCUGGACUAGGUAGCGAAACAUCCGCCUUGCCGAAAGUUCCUGCCGAGAAAGAACCCGAGCCAGAAGCCCAGGAGAAACAGGAUUUCAAACCCAUCAGAUCCAAUCUUAAGCGAAGAUUGGAGGAAUCGGAAAGCGAUGCUAUAGAUCUGGUGCCCGAUAUAUCUGCUCCUCCCUUGGCCGCUCAAAAGCGACCCAAGCGCUCCAUUAACUUUGACGAGGUGAAGGUAUACUAUUUCCCACGACAACAGGGCUUCAGUUGCGUGCCCACGGCUGGCGGAUGCACCUUGGGCAUGGGUGCCAGGCAUAUUGCCUUCAAGACGAUGACCCUGGCCGAGCAUGCGGCGGAAUUGAGGCGGGCACAUCGCAGCCAAAACCAAGAACUCCAGCCGCGUGGCUCCAGCAGCGAUGACAGCGAAGAGUCCGAGGAGGAUUACCUGAGCGAGGGCAGUGGUUCUGAUGCGGAAGACGGCUCCAAUGGGUUCCUACAGCCGGUGACUCCGAAGCAGAGGAGAGCCCUGUUGAAAGCAGCGGGCGUGCGGAAGAUCGAUGCCAGCGAGAAGAGCGAGUGCCGGGAUAUUAGGAACUCCAGGGAAGUUUGCGGCUGCUCCUGCAGAGAGUUUUGCGAUCCGGAAACCUGCGCCUGCAGCCAGGCGGGUAUAAAAUGUCAAGUGGAUCGAGCCAUGUUCCCAUGCGGAUGCACUCGCGAAGCGUGUGGCAAUACUGUCGGCCGUGUUGAGUUCAAUCCCACGAGGGUACGAACGCAUUACAUCCACACGGUGAUGCGGUUGGAUCUGGAGCAGCGACAGGGCUCAGUUCAAGGCGUCCAAGUGGGGCAUCUCCAGCCGCAACAGGCGCCGCAAACCCAGCCGACUAUCAGCUACUCCCCGGUGGGAACGACUACCCCAGCACCCGCGUACUUCCUGCAAACGCAAUCAAACUACAGCUCCGGCUACGCUUCGCCAGCUUACACGCCCGAGAGCAGUGUGAGCUACUACCAACAGCAGCAGGUUGCAACCACUCCUGGUCAGAUGAAUGCCACACAGCAGCAGGCGCAGGGCCAGAGCUACGCGGGAUACGCCCAAUUGGACAGCCUGGAUUCGGGUCUCUUUGCUAGUGGAACCAAUGCCACGCCCUCCUACGGAGAGCUUUACCAAUCGCUCAGCUACGGCAGCAAUCAGAUCACUUCCUAUCCGACCGCCUACCCGUCACCCGUCGUCGCCGUAGCUUCCGGAUCACCCAGCUCCUGUGCAUACAGCUCCUGUGCGGUUCCUUCGGCUCCGCCAUAUGGAAAUGCGACCACAACCGCCUCCAGCAAUGCUCCAUACCAGACCACAGCUGCCUCCAUGACCGCUGCCUCCACCUCGGCCACGUCGUCGCGGCUCGUUGGAAAUCCAGUUGCCGUCGCAGCAUCCUCGCCAGCCGCUGGCUUGUCCAACUCCUCCGCGGCCAACGCUAAUGAAUUUAUCAGUUUGAGCACACCGAUCGCCAGUUCCUCGCGCCUCUCCCAGAUCAACGAUCUGCUGCAGCACAACCGCAACACCACCGCCGCAUUGGUGGCCGUCUCUGAGGGAUUUAGCGGUGGGAGAACCUCGUCCAGUGCAUCCACCAUCGACUCCAUCGAUACACCGCCCAUUGUGGAAGAUGGUCAGCAGCGUGGAUGUAUGAACUUCGAGGCGUUGCCCCCGCCGCUUGUGAACCCAGCGCCCAUUGUCGCCGUGGUGGAAAGCAAGCUGCCACCAAUGACCACGUUGGCCCUGCCAGCUCCUCCAUCUGCCCCACAGCCACGCCAGCCGCUGGAACAGCAUCAACAGGCCUUAAGCGAGUCCACCUAGAGCAGGGAAGGCACCACCAAAUCAGAUUUCGGAUGGGUCGAUUUAUGGGGCUUUAAAUGAUUUGAGAAUCAGGUGCAGUUUACUUUAUUGGACAAUUCUCAGUGAUUUUGAAUUGGACUUAGCUGUUCUUUUACAAUUUUUGUUCAAUCAUUUUUAAAGUGAACUUUUAAAGCGAAACGAAGAAUAUUUGACUUUUACAUGCCCACAAAGAACAUUUCCUUUUUAUUACAAAUAUUUGUUAAAUUGUAAUAUCCCCCUUGAAUUACAUCAGAUGUAUUUAAGUCUUUUAGAAAAAUGUCUAUGAAAGUAUUUUAGUAACAAUAUGAAGAAAAUAGUUGGUAAAUAUCCUUUGGUUAAGUAAAACUUUCCCUCUACCUGUUCUUCCGGACCCAUUGAAAUUCUAUAUCAAAGUCCAAGACAAACUUCUUGAGAAUUGUGCGGAGCGCACAAAAGACCCACCCUUAAUUCGAAAUAGGAGGAGCAAAGAGAGAGCUGGGAAUAGUUUUUAUAGCAAUUUUACACAGCAAAAGACUUCAUUACGUUUAAGGCGGCGGUGGGCGUGGCUGGGGAAGGGAAGGAAGCAGGCAGAAGGAUAAACAGGGGCAGGAAUCAAAACGGACAGCGUUGGCGUCACUCCUCGAUUUCAGGAGACCUCUUUAGUAGCGGCGAGAGUCACCAAAUCGGACUUGGACCGCCUUGUAUAAAUCAUUUUAUUGUUAAAUUCUAAUUAGUCUCUAAGUGCAUCCUGUAAUUUAGUUACUUUGUUGCUUAAGCUAUGUUUCCAUCGGCAAAUCAAGUUCUACUCUACUAAUUUUUUUUCUGUUGUGUAAUCAAAAAAGAACAAAUUAUAAAGGAACACUGUUUUACUCCCUUUA